AUGAAACUCCAAACCCUAAUUCUUCUCACAGUUCUUCUAAUGGCUUCCCUAAUUCUUGUCAAACUUCUUCGGGAGGCGCCAAGGGCUGCAGAAAGGGAGGAAUAUCUGGUGGGUGGAUAUAACCCCAUCACAAACAUCAACGAUCCUCACGUCAUCGAGAUCGCCAAAUUCGCCGUCACUCAGUACGACAAGCAAAGUGGUGUGAAGCUGAAGUUUAAGAAGGUAAUCAAAGGUGAAUCUCGGGUUGUUGCAGGGAUUAACUACCGCCUCACACUCUCCGCCGGCGAAGGUUGGGUUUCAAAGAUCUAUGAAGCUGUUGUGUGGGAGAAGCCAUGGCUUCACUUCCGAAACCUCACUUCUUUUAAACCACUAUAUGCUUAA